AUGCUCAUCCGUUUUUCCUACCGGCCCGGGAAAUCCAGCCCUAAAGAUAGUUUUAAGCUGUGGGAAAAUCACCCGGUCUUCGGGGUGGCCCGGAUAACCUUCUGCCUGACCCUGGGGCUGGGCUUUGUCUUCACCGUCUGGUUGCACCUGCCGUAUCUACCUGGUCUGAAGAGACUGCCCUUCUUUAGCUGGAUCGGGACCAUCCUGAGCUUCUUUGAAGUUACCUUUAUCUUCUCCACCCUCCUGCUGUUCCCUAUUAACCUCUGGAUCUUUGAGUUGAAGAGGAAUUUAUCUGUCCCCAUCGGCUGGAGCUAUUUCAUAGGCUGGCUGGUGUUUGUCCUGUAUGUCACCUGCGCGGCCCUCUGCCACUUCAACCACAAACACUUCUGGAGCGUGAUUAUGAACUGUCCCAGCCGGGCCGCGUCCUGCAGCAAUGGUGCCAGCUCAGUACAGAACUUUCCGAGUGAGCCGGGGGUCUCACUCGCCUCGGUCAAGCAGGAGGAAAUCCUGGAUCCAGAGCGAAAGAAGGCAUCUCCGUAA